CAAACUAAACUAGGCACAGAUGAGCCAAUAGAUCGAUCUAUACUUUGGAAGGAGGCAAGGAAAGAUGCAUCAGGAAAUUAUGUAAAUGAACGUGACAAGCUUAUAGGAGAUGCCAUUGAUGACCUUCUAGAUAAGAGAAAUGAGGGGACACUUGUAGAAGUUGGGACAAACGAUAUAUUGACACAAGUGUUAGGAACAAAGGAGCAUCCUGGUAGAGUAAGAGGCCAAAGUCGUGGAGUUACACAAAGAGACUACUUUUUGAAGCCAGCAGGAGGUUUUAGUGGACUUCAACAAUAUCAAUUUCAAUUUCAGCAACACCAAUCGCAAAAAUACUUAGAUGACUUUAAAAAGUUAGAGCAAUCCUUUGAGCAAAGACUACGUAGUCAAGCUGAACAAUUUGAAGUAGAACGAAAACGAGAAAGAGAAGAACGAGAACAAGAACGAGAGUUAUUUUGGACAAAGUUUACAGAAUUAGCAAACCAAAUUUCAUCAUUAAAAGGAAGUGAAGUGAGUUUGCCUACGAUAGUUUCACGAACAAGUGAGACCCCUACGCCAAUAGAGGUGGUAAAUGAGUCUUUAGUUUCUUCAAAUGUAUUUUAUUCUUCACCUAUUCAUAUUAUUAUUUUAGAAAAUAUCUAUUAUAACAUAAAUAUUAUUUUGUCCUCGUCUUGAGCUUGUAGGAUAAUCAUAAGUCUAGAUUAUUGACAGAAAAUGGUGAUACUGUUGCUAUUGGACGAAUAAUGGCAACAAGCAGAAAAAUUCAUUGUGUUGACUUAAGAAAGGGUAACUAUCGUGUGCAAGUGGAUGAGUGCUGCAAUGAUGAGGCUAAACUUAUUUUUCCUAUUGGAGAUGAGAUUUAUUUAGUACGUCAUGCUGUCGGCCACUAUGUUGAGUGGCCAUCUCAUCUGAUCAUUCCUUACGAUUCAGAUUUGCUACCUAAGAAGACAAAGAAGCAAAAAAAGAAUGGUUCACCAAUACCUAAUGCCCCAAUGACACAAGAGAAGUCUCAUCCUUCCCAAAAAAUUCCUAGUCAAAAUGAAGUAGUGUCAAUUAAAGCUAGUGCCCCGAUACUCUUCAAUAUUCCUAGUGGGGUUCCUCGCUUUCUCAAGUGUCUAUUAACUACCGUGAAGUAUGUGGAGCCAAGUUUCAUGAUCAAAAUUACGAUGGAUUUUGAGAUAUUCGACCAUGAGAAUGAUUUAUAUAUCUCACAAGAAGAAAUAGUUCAUGUUGGCUUAAUGGAAGAGAUUGGAGCAUCAUGUGUAUCGUUAUAUAUCAGGAUUUUAUACUUCCAAUUAGUGAAAAGAGAGAUCAGUCACUUUUUUCGUUUUGUUGAGCCAAUUUGGUUAUCAAAUGUUGGAUCCACUGAAGAAGAACGAGUUGAAUGGGUAUCAAAGCGUAUGCUUGAUUCAAAUCCGGCUCAGAUGUGGUUGUUGCCAUAUCAUAAGGGGUAA